AUGUGCUCUGAGCAGAGGAAGGAAGACAGCUCCUGUGUGGACUCAGAAGACGCAACUGGAUUACCUGCUAGUCCAGGGGCCAAAGGUGGACCUGGAGUUCAAGGCGAGCCUGGUCCCAGAGGUCAUGCCGGCAUGACCUCUGGGAGAGAGAGGACCGAUGGCGUUCCAGGUGCUCAAGGUCUGAGUGGAACCAAAAGAGUCAAGAUAAUGUCCAGCUAUACAUCUCCACAAAAUCUCUCCACCCUGACCGACAGCCUCACUGAAAUCAAAUCAUGGCUGCACUCCCAACUUCCUCAAACUCAACUGACAAAUCUGCCAUGCUCAUCAUCGGCCCCAAAUCCCUCACCAAAACUGCUCACAACUCCACUCUGUCCCCAUCCACUCACAUCCGCAACCUCUGAGUCAUUCUGAAUAACCUCUCUUUUCAACACCAUGCCAACCACAUCACAAGAACUGAUUUCUUCUACCUCAAAAAUAUUGCCAGUCUCUGUCCAUCCCUCCUUCUCUGCCGCUGAAACCCUGAUCCAUGCCUUCAUCACCUCCAGACUGGACUACUGUAACAGCAUCCUCUACGGCUCAUCUUGCAAAAUUCUCA